CAACGAGGAGGAUGGACAGCGAAACAAUAGAAGUUGGCAGUACAUUCCCCGCACCACCUUCACAAUACAAGUACUUUAGUCAGGAUAAUUUAGAUUUACUAGAGGGUCUUCCUACCGACAUACCAGCUACUAAGGAAGCAUUCGUGGAGUGGUAUAACAAAACCAAGGGUGAAGAUAUAGACGUUGAUUUACGCACUACACUCGUUAAACCCCGCGUUGAUUGGAUUCUAGAGGAUGGUUAUUAUAGCGCAUACGGUGAACUUUGGCCGCUCAAAGAGAGUCUCCCAUCGUUGAAAGAGAGCGGUGUAGAGCAACUAUACCCAGAUGACUUGCCAGAUAAGAAACCAGUCUUGCAUUCUCUCCUGCGGACUAUUUUGAUGACACACUUUGAUAUUACACGGGAAUUGACUGCUGCCCCACCACCACUCAAUGCCGAUCCGCUGUCGAGAGUGAGGGAUAAGAUUGAGCAUAUUAGAUUGACGGGCAUCAAUAUGCAUCAUAUCAUUAACGAGCUACGCCCGAUGCAGGCGAAAGAAACCCUCAACUACCUCCAGCAACAACAGCAAGACAAACGGAAAACAAAGAUAGAAGAAAUCAAAGCCAAGCAUGAAGAGAUAAGGCAAAAUAUAGCCACACUACAGCAAGCAUCGGCUCAGACUAUAGAGAGGGUCACGAAGAAGGAGAAUUCCCUCAAUGCUGAGCAAACUGACACGACAAUCGAAACUACGAACAAAUCAAAUGCAUCGAAUAUAAACCAGCUACUAGAACUCAUAAAUGAUUUGUAA